AUGAUGGAAGAGCUCUCUUCCGGCUCGUCGGACUAUGCAGCGAGUACCUGGAUUGCAUGGUUUCUCUCCACGAAAGGAAACGAAUACUUCUGCGAGCUGGAUGAGGACUACAUCCUCGACCGCUUCAACCUCACAGGCCUUAACACAGAGGUGCAGCACUACAUGCAUGCGCUGGACCUGAUUACCGAUGCGCUAGACGAACAUCUGGGCGAUGAGCAGCGCGAGCAAAUUGAGGCCCAGGCGCGGAUUUUGUAUGGUCUCGUGCACGCACGCUACAUUCUCACAACGCGCGGCCUCGCCAAGAUGCUGGAAAAAUACAAGCGUGCGGAUUUUGGGCGGUGUCCGCGCGUGCUCUGCUCCCAGCAGCCACUCUUACCGGUAGGCUUGUCGGACCUGCCAUAUCAAAACCCCGUCAAACUGUACUGCCCGCGGUGCGAAGACUUGUACAGCCCCAAAAGCUCGCGGCACGCGUCCAUCGACGGCGCAUUUUUCGGAACCACAUUCCCACACAUGCUGCUUAUGGUAUACCCCCACAUGAUCCCUGUCAAGACUACAAGCCUCCCGCAAACGCCGACCAGUGCGAAUGCACCUAAGCAGGCGUAUGGCGGAGUUUCUGCCGACGCACUCCACCAGCGUGCACUUGCGCUCGAGCAGCAGAACCAACUCUUGAGCCCGAGUGAGGACGUCAGCAGUGAGUCGGGUGCGAAUGGAAACACACGUCCGUUUGCCGACUCUGCGCCGCGCCCGUCCACCGCCCAAGGCGCUCCUGCCGUCCCCCACGUAGAGCGCCUGAUCCCACGCAUCUUUGGCUUUCCGGUGUACGAGACGAGCCGCUUAAUGGCAUGGCAAGAGAAACAGCAACGCAAUCAAAUUGCACGGAUUAGCCGUGUGCAACGGCCGCUGGAGUCGACGGGACCGCAGCCAUUGUCUAAAUAG